CCAGUAUGGAAAUUUUAUCAUAUAGCCAUCGACAAAGCUAGUUAAAUUUACAAGCUCAAGCUUCCUCAAUUGAAAAAGAGAACCACAUCUUUUCCACCUCUUCAUCAACGCUGUUCUUUCGUUUUCAUAUCUUUUGACCACCCCUCUCAGAAGAAACUCUCCGCAUAGCUUCAUUAUACCUUCCCUGAGCUGCUCUGUCAAAGAUACAGCCUGUAUAGAGUUUACUGUUAUUUCAACUUCUGAACGGGAACAUUUUCACAGCAUUCCUCAUUGCAUGUCAAAAUGAGUUCAAAUUCUACCACCACUGCUACGACUGCUAAUAGUAGCUUGAUAGGAUUCGCUUCCUACCAGCAACAAAAUUCAACGGCCGAUCACCCAGCCAGUGAUCUAAUUUCCAUUAUCCUCUUUUUCUCCAUUAUUGUUGCUUUGAUAGCAUCGUUCGCAUUUUAUUUCUGGUUCACGGAAUGGCACAAAAUACCCCCACAGCAGCGUAGAGAAGAGCGUCUGGAACACCAAAAAGAAAUCGAUCAGCUUGUGGAGAAUAUACGGCAGCAGGUACAAGCGGUGUUCAAAAUACCGGUAGUGGGGCUCUUGGUCGUGCUUUGGAAUAGCGUUGUUCAUGGACAUAAGAACAACACGGAGGAUUUAGGAUACUCUGCAAACUCUGUAGAUGGAGUGUAUCCACGAUCUGCUUCUGCUGGACCGCCAAGUCGUCAUAACAGCACGCGAGAUCGUUCCAUCACCCCGGCUACGGUGUCUUCAGCGUCUGGUGUCACAUCAGGGUCUUUUCCCAACAGCGUUCCUCUAUCCCACGAACAUCGAAAGGUCCUGGCCCAUAAAUUUCAUCAUCUAUUUUCCAUCAUAUGCCUCAUUCUUUUCAUUGUGGCUUUUAUCAUACUCAUCGGAACUGCAAGUGCAGUACCUUCUUCAAGUACAUCUGGCUUCCUACAAGCUUCCCUCUUCGUUGUAGUCCUUUGCAUCAAUAUGUUUCUAGUGACAAGACAACGCUUCUACUAUAAGGAGCGUAAGGAACUUUUUGGUAGCGACGAUGCUCAUAUGAACGCCGUCUACAAGACACGGUUUACAGACUGGGACCGAAAGAUGUGGUCCAAUUGGAUCCAAAUCGUUAUCCUCAUCAUCGAGUUCUUCCAGUUAUUGACUUUCCCAUUGAGAGACUUAAUGACAGUCAAUUCCUUUGGUGCCAUGUCAGAAUCCAGUUCAAGUCAAGCACAACAGUCUAAAUUCGAGUACUUUGUAUCUCUGGUCUUAAAUGCCGGUGGUCUUAUGCCGGAUAUGAGAACCCCAACCUGGUAUACUUACACUGUGUGGACCACAUUUGCUGUUACCUGCCUUGGAUUACUUGUAGCUGUGACCGUACACGGCGUCAACACCUGGAGACCAUAUCGUCUACCAAACCAAUGGGUGCAUUGGUGCAUCCCUGUUGUGAGUUUGAUGUACAUCCCUGUCUUGACCACCUUCGUGAGCUCAGCAGCUUGUCAGUCGUUGAAUGUCCCUACGGCAUCCUAUACCAAUACCCUUCGGUGCCAUGCGGAUAACAUCAAUCAACAAACAUACCUGUGGCUAUCUCUGACCGGUUAUAUUGCAGCAUACUUCCUCAUGACCAUCUUCCUGACAAGUUACGAGCGCAUACCACAUCAUAAUGAAAUCGCCUUCAAAUCAAUUGGUAUUGCCUUCAUUAAGAAUAUGGGUCUACUGUUGGCUAUCAAUUUUUUGCUAGUCGAAUCGACUACCAAUCAAAACCGCAUGCGAGCCAUCUUAUCCAUUACCAUCUUGCUGACAAUGAUAUGUUAUAACAUCAAAACCCGGCCGUGCUAUGUGGACAAAAUCAACUAUUUCCGUACUGCUUCAUUUACAUGCAUUCUCUGGACGUCGGUAUUGGUGGCCAUUCUCAGCGAUACCAAUGCUGCCCCCAGCCUAGGACCUAUUGCCGUUCUAUGCAUUAUUUUAGGCGGCUGGGUCUUCAUCAUUCUACUAUUUAUCCUCGUGUAUAUAUUCUAUUACUCCCGACCAAAUGAUGAUAAUCGACUGGACUCUGGCAUUCAUGAAGUAGACAAGGAAGCCGGGUACGAUUGGCGACAUGAGCCAGCUCGCAACGAUUACUCGUACAACAAUAUGCUCACCCCUGUUGCCGAAGAGGAUGAGGAAUUCAAGUAUCAAGCCACGUUGGCCAGUGGAACUCCACAGCAAACUCCCAGGCAAACUCCAAACACAUCCUUACGAUCCAAUACCCCAGCUGCUCAGCCUGGCCUCAUGGACUGGGCAAAGAGUUUCAUAUGGAAGUAGUGAUUGAUUUGUAAACAACGUAAAAGUAAAAAAGACACAAGAGUCGAAAUAUGUACAUUAGCUUAAAAAGAUAUCCAUUCUGUUCCUGGUCCCAUUGUUUCAAAAUCAUUGUAGAAUAAACAUUGUUUCAAUGUAUCCCACAUUGCACCAAGAAAA